AUGGAGCCAGACAUCUCACAAGCUUUCAAGGAAGAGCUCACCUGCCUCAUAUGUCUGGACAGCCUUAUAGAUCCAGUCACCGUCAGCUGUGGCCACAGCUUCUGUCGGGCCUGCCUCUGCCUUUCCUGGGAAGACAAGCAGAUCCCUGUUCCCUGCCCCACGUGUAGGCAUCCAUCCCAGCACAAGGACCUCAGAACCAACAUUCUUCUGAAGAGGCUGGUGUCCAUUGCCAGACAACACAGCCUGAUGAAGUACCUGAGCUCUGAGGAGCACAGGUGUGUGACCCACAAGGAGACAAAGAGGAUCUUCUGUGAGGAGAACUGGAUCCCCCUCUGUCAGUUGUGCUCUGACUCCCAGGAGCACAUGGGUCACAGACACUGUCCCAUUGAAGCAGCUGCUGAGGGGCAAAUGGAGAGACUUCUAAAGCAGAUGGCAUCUUUAUGGGAGAAGACCCAAGAAAAUCAGGAGGAUCUAGAGGCAGAGAAGACAAUGAAGUCUCAGUGGAUGGAGUAUGUGACUCUGCGGAAAGAGAUGAUCAGGACAGAGUACAGGAAGCUGCACCCACGCCUCUAUGAGGAAGAAAGGCAGCAUCUGGAGUGUGUGAACCUUGAAGGCCAAACUUUUAUAGAGAAACUCAGGAAAAGUGAAGCCAUGAUGGUCCAAAACAGGAGUCAGCUGAUUGAGAUGUAUCAAGAGCUGAUGAGGAUGUCCCACCAGCCAUAUGUGCUGCUGCUCCAGGAUUUGGAGGCCAUGUUCAAGAGGAGUGAGUCAGUGCAGCUGUGCCUGCCCCAGGCUAUGGAACCAGAGCUCAGGGCCCUGCCCAUCACUGGACUCACUGAAAGGUCCAACUGCUUCCGAGUGAACAUUGCCUUUGAAUAUGUCACGAGAUUCACUUACAACAUUGACCGAUUAUUAAAUAACAUGAGAAGAUUCUACUCGACAUCUUGGUGUCAGGGGAUGACUGUGGAAUCUGCUGGACACACUCUUGCUGCCCGGGGAUCACAGAGCUUCACCUCUGGGAAAUAUUACUGGGAGAUGGAUUUGAGAGAUUCCUGGGACUGGGUUGGCAGUCCAGCCUCUCACAAGCACUUAGGAGACCCUGCUGGGCCAUGUAAAUUGGCCACGGGGACUGACCAGGCUGGGUUUUGUCUACCCAAUUGUGCAGGCAUGGACAACUAUGGCAAGUAG